AUGGCAGAAUCUUUUGAAGCUAUGUACUUCGAUGUUGAUCAAAUUCUAACAGAAGAACAACUGGAAGAAUUGUACUACGAUUAUGCAGAAAAUAUGCAAGAUCUAGGCUUGGAUGACUACGAAUCUGAAGAUGAUAUCAUGCAUGACACACAAGGAGAAGACCAAGGCCAACAAAACACAGAAGACACACAAGCUGAGGUUGGUUCCCCAGAAAUGGAACAACCAAUUCAGCAUGGGACUCAACACAUACAAAGAAAGCAGCUCACCAUGAAACAAAGAAGAGAAAUUGUAGACUCAAUGUUGGUCAAAAUGCAGCAAGGGAACUUACCAAUAGGUCACUUAAAGCAUUUAUCAGUUCAUUACAAUGUCCACAAAUCAACCAUCACAAGAAUUUUUGUAGACAUAAAGAAACAGAUGGCACAGGGCAGUUUGAUUGAUGUCAGGACCAAGAAGUUUGGCAGAGUAGGCAGAAAGCCAACGGAACUUUCUGAUGAAUUCCCACAAUCAGACCCUUUGCAUUUAAGGCAGACAGAAAGGAGUUAUGCAGCAGCAUUAAAAAUCUCCCAUGUGACUCUUCACAAUUUGAAGAAAAAGGGAAGGUUAAGAACACACACAAGUAGCAACAAGCCAGCAUUGACAUCAGACCACAAGAUAGCAAGACUUAAAUGGAUUUUGUCACAUAUAAAUCCAGUAACAAGUAAUGAGGACCCCACAUUUGUUGAUAUGAACCAUGUCAUACACAUGGAUGAGAAAUGGUUCUAUCUGAACCCUGACAAGUGGAGGUUUUACCUCCUACCUAGUGAGGAAGAUCCAUAUAGGGCAAUACAGUCCAAAAGAUUCAAGCUCAAAACAAUGUUUAUGGGCUCAAUUGGGAAGCUAUUGUAUGACACAAAUGGGGGACUACUCCAUGAUGGGAAAUAUGGAAUGUUCCCAUUCACUGUCAAACAACUAGCAAAGAAAUCCAGUAAAAACAAAGUAGCAGGAACUUGGGAAACAAAGGCAAUACAGAAUGUAAACAGAGAGGUAAUCAGAGAUAUGUUGCUGACAAAUGUCAUACCAGCAAUUAUCUCAAAGUGGCCUGAGAGUCUGGCAAAAAAUGUUGUGAUCCAAUGGGAUAAUGCAAGGCCUCACCAAGUUCCUAAGGAUGCAGAGUUCAUGGAAGCAACAACAGCACAUAGAUUCAACAUUCAAUUUGUUUUUCAGCCAGUACAGUCUCCAGAUUUGAAUGUGCUUGAUUUAGGGUUAUUUAGGUCUAUUCAAUCAUUGCAAUAUCAGUCAUUUCCUACCAACCUAGAUGAGCUAGUUGUAAAAGUGAAGGACUCUUAUGAGACAUUCAAUCAUCAAGUGAACAAGUACAUUUGGCUGAGUUUGCAAAAGUGCAUGAUUGAGAUCCUCAAGGCAGAAGGUGGGAACAAGUACAAAAUACCCCACAUGAAUAAGAAAAAACUUGAAAAUCUUGACAUUCUGCCAAAUCAAGUGGAAGUACAGAAGGAAGUAGUUAUGGAGGUUGUGGAGUACCUAAACACUAUGUUUAGGCCAGUAAAUGAAGGGACUGAACAAGGAACAGAAGAUAUGGAGGUAGAUGCAGACUAG